CCUCUGUCUUCUGCUGUUACACUGAAAAGAAAAGGGGCAAGAAAAAGGAAGCAUAGCAGACAGAGAGAGAAAGAGAGAGAGAGAGAGAGAGGGACAUCGAAGUACGCGAUCGAAUCCUCUUUUUAAGCCCACUUUGCCGCGUCUCUCUCUAGUAUUUUUCAAUGUAACUCGAGUCUCGGAUGGGGCGAAGAAGGAGAAGAAGACGAUGACGAUGAUGUCGAUGAAGAAGUAGGGAUAGUGGUCUUCCAGGAUAUCAACUACAAAUGCGAGUUCUUGACUGAGAUCUAGCACGAUCCGCUCCGAAGCAGUGCAGUUCGCUGCAUAGCAAGCCGAUUCUGCGUUCUUCUUCUAUCAAGAUCGCUCCGGCUUGAAUCCGGAGCAACCUUGUUCUAAAUCAAGAAUCGUAUCUGAGGAAAGGUUGGGCGAGCGAGGGUCCUAAAAUGGAGCAGUAUGAGGUUUUGGAGCAGAUAGGGAAGGGCGCUUUUGGGUCUGCUCUACUGGUGCGGCACAAAGUUGAGAACAAAAGGUAUGUCUUAAAAAAGAUCCGUCUAGCUCGCCAGACUGACCGGACCCGUCGGUCUGCCCACCAGGAGAUGGAGCUUAUUUCUAAAGUAAGAAAUCCAUUUAUUGUGGAAUACAAAGAUUCCUGGGUUGAAAAGGGCUGCUAUGUGUGCAUUGUAAUAGGUUAUUGUGAGGGAGGUGAUAUGGCUGAAGUUAUAAAGAAGGCCAAUGGGCAUCUUUUUCCUGAGGAGAAGCUUUGCAAGUGGCUAGUCCAGCUCCUUAUGGCACUUGAUUACUUACAUAAGAAUCAUAUUCUUCACCGUGAUGUUAAGUGUUCAAACAUAUUUCUUACAAGAGAUCAAAGCAUACGUCUUGGUGACUUUGGGCUUGCUAAAAUUUUAAACUCAGAUGAUCUGGCAUGUUCUGUUGUUGGAACUCCUUGUUAUAUGUGCCCAGAACUUCUUGCGGACAUACCUUAUGGUUCUAAGUCUGAUAUCUGGUCUCUAGGCUGCUGUAUCUACGAGAUGACUGCUUUAAAGCCUGCAUUCAAAGCUUUUGAUAUGCAGGCUUUGAUAAACAAAAUUAACAAGUCCAUAGUGGCUCCUUUACCAAGUUCAUACUCUGGUGCAUUUAGGGGACUUAUUAGAAGCAUGCUAAGAAAAAGCCCGGAACAUAGGCCAAGUGCUGCAGAACUACUCAAGCAUCCACAUCUUCAACCUUAUGUGCUCCAAGUCAAUCUAAAGUCUAGCCCUACACGGAAUAUGCUUCCUAUCCACCAAGUUACAAGCAAUCACAUCAGAAAAAUUAGAUUUCAAGAUGAUGAAGACAAUUUCAUGUACAGGAACAGGGAGAAAAGAAAUUCUUUAGGCAAUGAGAGGAUCUUGAAUCUGAACAAGACUGUGGAGCAGGACUCCCUAAGUUCAACUCAGACUAUUAAAGAUUUCCCCAUUUAUCUGAACCAAAGAAUAAAGCAUCUUUCACUUGGUAGCAGUCAAGUUGGGGAGAGUGUUAUUGACAAAGGAAUCCAUGAGAAGCGCUCAAGUACCCUGAAGACCCCAAGAUAUGCUCCUAAAACCUUCACAACUCCGAUGAUGCAAGUAGAGUCCUCAAAGGCAUUGCACCCUGGACCAAAGAGUGAACCGCUUGCAUCACGAACUCCAGCAGAUAGAACUGGUCAGACCACUCGAAGAGCAUCUCUUCCUUUGCUUACAUCUGAAACCCGUCCUAAAUGCAAUCUCAACAUUCUCCAUCGAGUGGAAUCCCCUGAUGUGUCAGUCAACUCCCCUCGAAUAGACAGAAUUGCAGAGUUCCCAUUAGCCUCAUCUGAAGAUCCCCUUUUCUCUUUCCAUAAGCUCUCUUCAGCUCAUGGCUCUUUCUCAGCCACUCCGAACUCUGGAGACCGUUCCAUCACCAAAGACAAAUGUACCAUCCAAAUCUUCCGAACUGAAGGUGACAAUGGGAGUGAUUCUUCUGAUCGAAAUCCUACAGCUGCAGAUGCUUCAAGCCGAGGAUCAUCAGAAUCAAGGCAACGGAGGUUUGACACCUCAUCUUACCAGCAGCGUGCAGAGGCCUUAGAGGGAUUGCUCGAAUUCAGUGCUCAGUUGCUGCAACAGGAGAGAUAUGAAGAGUUAGGGGUCUUAUUGAAGCCAUUUGGUCCUGAGAAGGUCUCCCCUCGAGAAACUGCUAUUUGGUUAACAAAGAGCUUUAAAGAAACUAUACCAUAACUCCCUGUCUUUGCCCUCAUGUACCAUACUUUUGACACUCAGGUCUCAAAAUUCCUGCAUCGGUUUUGUGAUGUGAGAUAGCUCUAGCUCAAUAGGCUGACAAUUUAGGUUGAGAUUAGCUGCUGAUUCUCUUCGAACAAUGCAUGUAUUACGGAUUUCAAUAUUAUCAUGGCCUUUUUACCAUCA